ACACUGUUUUUCAAUUCCCUCAGGCUCCCCAAAACACGCUCGAUGGACAACUUGGUGUCUGCUUGUGAGAACGGCGUGCCGCUCACCCGCACCUCGAGUGACCCCAACCUGAACAAGCACUGCCAGGAGUCCAACCAACCCGCGGCCAUCCAGAGCGCCGCUUCAUCCGAGGACCCGCCUGAGCCGGGGUGUGAGGAAACCAGCUCUUCAAUAUCUCGUGAGGACGAUUUAGGGGUGGAGCCUUGUUUGACAACCCAGCCCCUUCCAUCUUUGCCCCACCCCUUAGCGGUAGACCAAGCCCCGCCCCUUCCGGUCACAAACCAAGCUCCGCCUCAAAUCCCAAUUAGCUCACCACAGGAAAUCAGGACUGCAGAAAACACAAAUCCACCUCUUUGUAACGGCUUCGCACACGUAGGAAACGCUAGCGGAUCUGCGAACUCUGAAGCCAUUGCACCAAUGGAGGCGUCAGUGGAGACGCUAACGGAGCAAAGCGCAAUCCCUCCUUCUAGGAAAGCCAUUGACGUGGCGUUCGAAACGCUGAUACGAAACGGCGAACUGGUUCCCACCAGAGAACGACCACCACCCGCCGACUACGCCAAAGCAGCCCGCCGUUUGAUUUCCCAAAGCCAACUGACAGAGCUAUCGCUGCUAGGUUCCCAAUGGGACAGCGUCCAAGGCCUGGUCCAGUCGGCCUGCGGCGGCGCCAUCAAACAUGGCAGCUAUCACAGCCGCCGCCUAGCAAACAAGCUCCUCCGUGCCCAAGCCGGAAGCGCUAAUGGCGGGCCGUGUUGCCGUCGAGACCCUCUGCGCGCUCCUGGAAGCCCCAUCCAGUCGGGCUGGUUCUCUGCGGUGAGGAACUCCAGCUACGCCGCGCUUUGUUCCUCGGCGGCGUCUUCGCUAGCAAUGGGACCGUCCUUCCGGCAGCUGCUCCCGUCGCAUUCCUCGGCCUCCUCCAGCGGCUCUCCGGCUCCGGCGCACCUGGACGACGACGGGCUGCCGGUGGCGGUGGACGCGGUGCAGCAGCGGCUGCGGCAGAUCGAGGCCAGCUACAAGCAGGAGGUGGAGGUGUUGAGGCGGCAGGUUCGACAGCUGCAGCUCAAACUGGAGAGCAAGCAGUUCUGCACGCCGCCCUCUGAACCCGACGUCGACUACGAGGACGAUAUCACGUGUCUGCGGGAGUCAGACGGCAGUGACGAGGAAGACUCUCUGUCCAGUCACAGCGAGGAUCGCUUGAGCGAGGGCAGCUGGGACCGUGUGGAGAGGAAGGACACAGAGGUCACCAGAUGGGUGCCGGAUCACAUGGCCUCUCACUGCUUCAACUGCGACUGUGAGUUCUGGAUUGCCAAGAGACGCCAUCACUGCAGGAACUGUGGGAACGUGUUUUGUAAGGACUGCUGUCACCUGAAGCUGCCCAUCCCAGACCAGCAGCUGUACGACCCGGUUCUGGUGUGCACCCCCUGCCACGACCUGCUGCUGGAGUCCCGCACGCGAGAGCUGCGCUCGCAACAGCUGAAGAAAGCCAUCGCCACCGCCUCCAGCUGAGACGGCCAAUCACAGCGCGCCACACACACACUGGCGUCCAAUCACACGCCCGUCUUUUAGAGCAAGAGCCGCUCUCUCCUCUGGAGUCCGGAUCGGCUCUGAGACUGAUCCACACGAGGAACAGGACGGAUCAACUCCAAACACGAGUGCGGUUUGCGACGGAGGGGCGAUUUUAUCACUGCAAGUGAACUCCAAGCUUCUCUGAUUGAGGACAGAAACCGGACCCAAAGGAUCCUUGGGUUCCAAAGAGAGGCGUUUCUUCGUCUGGAAAUAACCACACGGCCCGUAUGCAUCACACACAUCCAGAGGCUCUCUAUUUAAAACCAACCAAGCUGCUAGUAUUUAAAACCGAAAAAUUCUACUUUUGUAUCCUUAUUAUUUUGUGCACUACAGAGGGGGUUUGAGACCAAAACGGGGAGAUCUGCAGCAGUUCGUCUGCUGACAUGAAGCUUGAAUGUACGGCUGUUUGGUUUAUUUUGAUUUUUCAGAAACUGGAGGGAGGGACUGAAUUUAAGCUGCCAGUUUGCAUUGAUUUGAUGGCAGUUUUUUUGUUUUUCAGCCACUCGCGUCAAAACUGCGCUUUCGCUGAAAUGUGAAAUGGUUUCACUCGCGACUUUAAAUGCCAAACUCAAACUCAAAUUCCAACAUAUCAGUAAUAUAUAAACAGAAGCACUCCUAAAUUCAUGUUUCAUCUGGCUGGUUGUGUUUUGUAACAGGAAAAGCAAGAAAAAAACCGAGCAAGCUGAACAUUUAUGCUGUAUGUUGUUGUGUACGUUACGGUAAAACUAUAGCCAUGUUGCACUGCUCCGUCUACUUUAUCCAGAAUACUAGUGUACUAGUUUCUUUUCUGUGACUUCAUCUGAACAAACCAACGACGAUAAUUAAAAUGACAAUCUGAAACAGGUGAAUCAUUGGAAACUGGUGGCGAUUUAAAGGACUUUUGUAUUGGAGGGUUUGACCGCUUCGCUGCUGUCCACUCACGUUCUCAACAUGUUCAAAACAAGUGCUAUGAUUUCUUUUUCACGUCGUCCGCGUCUUCAGGCCCUACGUUGAUUGUGUAUUGUAAUGUUGGUGAACCUCUCAACAGUGCCAUGUGUUUGAUUUUCUUAUGGAUUCACUUUAACAUGUUAGAUGGUACAAUAGCUAGAGGCUUAACAAUCAGAGGAUGAUUUGUUGAGAAUCGAUGAGGUUAAAAACACUGAGAACCGGUUUGAUUUUUGUCUGAUGGGUUUAAUUUUUCUUCUCCGUGGUGUUGAUGAAGGACACAUUUCGAGUUAAAUGCAUUGAAAAGGAACCCAGAAAUGUGAUAUAUUAUAUAGUUAUUUGGUCUGUAAUAGUGGCUAAAAUGUGUCACUUAGUGAAUAAUUGUUGUAAAGAAAUGCACUGUACAAGUUCAAUCCCAUGGGUUAAAUAAAAAGAUAUGUCUUUAU